AUGAGGGCGGCCCUCCGCGCUCCACUGCGGGCAUUUGACUUAGAUCCCGCAAGGGCCCUACGAUACGCUUCACACUUAGGAUCUAGGAGUUGUCUCUCCGAGAAGGCUACAACCUCUUCAUAUUUCCAUCAAUCAGCAUUUUCAACUCAGACCGCCCCCGGAACAUGGUGUCAACGGCUCCAGAACCAUCCCGCUCGGGUUGCGCCACGCGCUCCCUUUUCCACGAGGACAACUGCCUUAUUGGGACCAGAGAACCCACGCGAUGCGAAUAAGAAGUCUGGACCCGGUCAAUCGCGUGGGAAGGCCGUCAGAUAUGUGGUGAUUGGCGGUACGCUACUGGUUGUGGCUGUCGUGUUCUCGGACGAUGUACAGCAUCUCUACCGUGCCGCGGCGAGAACAGGGCGAGUGGUCGGCGCAUUGGCCGUAUGCAUCAAUGAUUACCGAGUCACCCUCAAACAGGAAACCUCGUCCCCCGAAGAGCGAAGCGAAUUGCUGAAAGCAUGCCACAAGCGGUGCGCGGAACGGACCCUGCGAGUGCUCGAGAAGAACGGCUCGAUAUUCAUCAAACUGGGACAACAUCUGAGUAGCAUGGGCUAUCUGCUUCCGUUGGAGUGGACGACCACAUUCGUCCCACUGCAGGACAAAUGCCCCGUUUCCUCGAUUGAGUCGAUCGAGGACAUGUUCGUCGCAGACACAGGCCGUCGCGUCGACGAGCUAUUCUCGUCGUUCGAGUCGACACCGAUCGGCGCCGCAUCCCUCGCUCAAGUUCAUAUCGGCACGCUCAAGGAAACCGGUCAGAAGGUCGCGGUGAAGGUGCAGCAUCCUGCCCUGGCAGAAUGGGUCCCCCUCGAUCUUGCCCUCACCCGUUUUACCUUCUCCAUGCUGAAGCGGUUCUUCCCCGAAUACGAUCUGGAAUGGCUCUCGAAGGAAAUGGACCUGUCGCUGCCCCAGGAGCUGGACUUUCGCAUGGAGGCAGACAACGCGAAGCGCGCCAGCGAGCACUUCAAGAAACACUCCAGCGCUCCCCUGGUCAUCCCGGAAGUGAUGUGGGCGCAGAAGCGCAUCCUGGUCAUGGAAUUCUUGUCCGGCAGCCGACCCGAUGAUCUCGCGUACCUCGACUCGCACCACAUCGACCGCGACGAAGUUUCGGCCGCGCUGGCGCACAUCUUCAACGAGAUGAUCUUCGGCGACAACGCGCCGCUGCAUUGCGACCCGCACGGCGGCAACAUCGCCAUCCGACCCAACCCCCACCGCAAGGGCUACAACUUCGACAUCAUCCUCUACGACCACGGGCUCUACCGCGACAUCGACCGCGACCUGCGCCGCAACUACGCCAAGCUGUGGCUCGCCGUCAUCGAGUCUGACGAGCCGCACAUGCGCGAGUACGCCCGCAAGGUCGCCGGCAUCACCGACGACCAGUUCCCGCUCUUCGCCAGCGCGAUCACCGGCCGCGACUUCACAAAGGUCACCCGCAAGGACAUCACCUCGCGGCGCACCUCGUCCGAGCGUGAGAGCAUGUCCGGCGCGCUGAGCGAGGGCAUGCUCCAGCAGCUGGUCGAGCUGCUCGGCCAGGUGCCGCGGAUCAUCCUGCUAAUCCUCAAGACCAACGACCUGACCCGCAGUCUGGACGAGAAUCUACAUACACGCCAGGGUCCGGUGCGCACGUUCCUGAUCCUAGCCCGGUACGCCACCCGCACCGUCUUCGAGGAGCAGAUGGAAUCGAUCCAGGAGACGGGCGGUGCGUUGCGGCCGUUCAAUUUCCUGCGCUUCCUCCGCGCCUGGGCCGGCUUCCUCCGCGUCGAGCUGAAGCUCUCUGUAUAUGAAACGUUGUUGUCGUUGAAGAGUCGGUUCGGACUGCUCUAG